AUGGCUGAAGUAAAACCACCAGCCCAACCUCCCGUACCCCGCAAAAGAGGUCGCCCACGGACCAACCAUUCUGACGAUCAUGAAGUCCCCGAGAAACGUCGCAAGCAACUUCGCGAGGCACAACAAACCUACCGUCGGCGAAAGGAGACAACCAUCAAUAACCUACAGACGCGGGUCCAAGAGUUGGAAUCGGGCAUUGAGGAGCUGAGCCAGUCAUUUCUCUCGUUCAGUAAUCUUCUCUUAGGGGAGGGGGUACUGGAAGGUCGUCCUCGCAUUACGUCUGCUCUGCAGGCAAUCACUCAGCAAUGUGUAUCGCUGGCUCGAAAGGGCUGUGCCGAACCUGAACCUGAGCCGCGGCAGGGCGUCCUCGAUCAGGAUGGAGGAAGCGGGAACUCAUCACAAUCUACCCCAGCGAAGGAAAUCAACUUAGAUUUCGAUGCUGAGAUCGUGCGCGAAGAACCCAUACCCUUUUCUGGAAAUUCUACGCCUUCUUUGACGCUCACUCAGUGGACGAAGAUGUCGAUGCCUCAUACACCACCCCCGCAAGACCAGUCGAUGCUUCCAUUUGGUUUCACCUAUCCGAGGCAUACUGGGCCUGUUCCUUCGCUUCCUAUCUCACUUCCUAGUCCGCCACUCUCGUGGUCUCCAGAUAGUCCAACGACAGAAGCACAGUUGUCCCUCUCACACCGUAUUGUACGAGAGUGUUGCCGCAACGGCUAUCAGUUACUUGUUUAUUCGCCCGAUGAUCCGAAAGUUUCAGAGGUGUUUGGAGGCUUACUUACUGAGUCGGAGCGUAUGAAUCAUGUUUCGGGAUUCUACGAUGCUAUGCAUGAUGAUUUAGGUGACAUGGUUGAUGCUAGGACCAAAGUUCUUAGUCCCAUGCAUCCGAAAAAACACAGUUUCUCACACAACCAGCUUGCUCGCUCAUCUAGGACUUGGCAGUUGGUUUUUGAGGGCGCGGAAGAAUGGAUCGAUGCGUCCGGGGUGCAGAGACUUCUACUGGAGAAGGGCAUUGACAUCCAGGGCGGUGAUCGCAUUUCGAGCACUGUGUUUCGGGUGAAGUCUUCUCCGUUAUUAUUUGAUGUGGCUACUUUUAUCAGACGUGAGUCAAAGCUCCAUGACAAUCUCGGAUCCCUCUAA